UUCCACAAAGCGAACCGAACCCAAAAAUCAGAAGUGGAAUAUCCAUAAAAGGAGUCUCCUCAAUUCCUUCCCUGAUAUUGUUCAAUACCACUGGACGAGCUUUCUGGCGGACCCUGAUUUUCGAUUGCUUGCUUUGUUACCCAACUUUACAAACCCAUCAGACAGCUAAAAAUUCUUCAAUUCCCACAAAUCCCAACUCAGACACUGCACCUACUAUAUUAUAUGCCGGCAAACUCCUUUCCAUAAUGACCACUACUUCUCUCUCUAUAAAUCUCUCUCAUUUUCCUCCCCCUCUUUCCACUUCCGCCGCCGCAGCAACCACCACUUCCUUCUACGAACCCCCUUCUUCUUUGGGAUUCCAUCAUUCCAGAUCUUCAACUUCAAAACCCAGAAGUUUGUUUUGUGAAAUUGUUCGAUUGAGGAAAAGGGGAAGUGGGAUUCUUAGUGUUAAGGCUAACAAAAUGACUAUUGCUGAAGUCAGAGGUGAAGAUGGAGAGGAAGAUAGCCCUCCUUUGCUUGACCCUGAUACCAUUUCCAAACCUCGUCGUAUUGCUCUCUUUGUGGAGCCUUCUCCCUUUGCAUACGUGUCGGGAUACAAAAAUCGCUUCCAGAACUUCAUUCGCUAUCUACGCGAAAUGGGCGACGAGGUGAUGGUUGUGACAACUCAUGAAGGUGUACCUGAGGAGUUUUAUGGUGCAAAAAUAAUUGGAUCACGAAGCUUUCCAUGCCCUUUGUAUCAGAAGGUGCCUCUUUCUCUAGCACUUAGUCCAAGAAUAAUUUCAGAAGUUUCUCGGUUUAAACCCGACAUCAUACACGCAUCAUCACCAGGGAUAAUGGUGUUUGGAGCUCUGAUUAUUGCAAAACUAUUAAGUGUACCGCUAGUUAUGUCAUACCAUACUCAUGUACCUGUAUACAUUCCAAGAUAUACAUUUAGUUGGUUGGUCAAACCCAUGUGGCUCAUUAUAAAAUUCCUCCAUGGAGCGGCUGAUCUUACUUUGGUUCCAUCUGCUGCCAUUGGCAAGGAUCUUGAAGCUGAAAAAGUGACAGCAGCUAAUAAGAUUCGACUUUGGAAUAAGGGUGUAGAUUCUGUAAGCUUUCAUCCUCGCUUCCGCUCGCAUGUAAUGAGAUGGAAGCUUAGUGGCGGAGAGCCUGAUAAACCACUGAUUGUUCACGUUGGAAGAAUUGGAGUUGAGAAGAGCUUGGAUUUCCUCAAAAGGAUCAUGGAUAGACUCCCCGAAGCAAGAAUCGCGAUCGUUGGAGAUGGACCGUACAGGGAGGAGCUAGAAAAGAUGUUCAGUGGGACGCCUGCAGUAUUUACAGGGAUGUUAUCAGGGGAAGAGCUAUCUCAGGCUUAUGCUAGUGGUGACGUUUUUGUAAUGCCUUCUGAAUCGGAGACGUUAGGACUUGUCGUAUUGGAAGCUAUGUCCUCUGGGAUCCCUGUGAUCGGAGCUCGUGCCGGUGGAGUUCCCGAUAUAAUCCCUCCUGAACUAGACGGCAAAAUUGGGCACCUUUACACCCCGGGAGACAUCGAUGACUGCUUAAGCAAGCUGAAGCCUCUGUUGGAGAAUCGCGAACUGAGGGAAACAAUGGGGAAAGCAGCUCGAGCGGAGAUGGAGAAAUACGACUGGAAAGCUGCAACUCGAACAAUCCGCAACGAACAAUACAACGCAGCCAUAUGGUUCUGGCGCAAGAAAAGAGCACAGUUUCUAAGACCAUUUCAAUGGGUGUUUAAACGGAUUUUUCCAUCCCCAGAAGUGAGUUAUCAGUGAAAUGCUACACCUGUUCUUCAUAUUUCUGUGGCAGCUUGGUUUCAGUAGCAGAAGGAAACAUCCGUGUGAUUGUUUGGCAUAUACUAUAAGAUUCAUUGUGUAUAUAUUCAUUAAACCAGAAAAGAAAUGGUCAACUUUGUUGCUCACAUCAU